CCCGGAUGGCCCAAGUUCCAGUGUUUUUUGCCUGUUGUUUCGAUUAAUUAUAAUUUUGUGUAGGAAAAUGCACCACAAAAGCACAAUAUCACCUGAAACAAUAUGCAUCUUAAGACGUGGAUCGUGCAUCAUUAAUCUUGGGACCGUCUUGCAGAGGGGCCCCGUUGAUAUUGUGCUUACAUGUUGCUUGUAAAAGGGGCUCCAGGCAAAAUCUAAUCAAGCUUUCAUGUGAACUCUGCUGUGUUCACUUUACUUAAUGAGUAAAAUUGUCACUUUCUGUAGUGAAUAAGGACUGUUGAUAGCCGUUGAUAGCAAAAAGCAAUCGAGCGUUGUGCACUCGAGCAGCCUUUAAGCAAACGAGGGAUAGGAAGAUGGCAUCCACCGACCAACCUGACCCACCAACACAGCCUGGCCUUCCACCUGGAGAUGAUGCAGCAGCUCCCCCUAGAGAAGCACUGAUUACCACUGCUAUAAAAUUUCUACAGAACCCAAAGGUGCGUCAGAGUCCCUUGGCCACCAGAAAAGCCUUCCUGAAGAAAAAAGGGCUGACGGAUGACGAGGUAGAGUUGGCCAUCCAGCGCUCUGGUAGCACAGAAGAAGUCCUGCCACUGAGCCCCGUGCAGCCCCCACUUCCACUCCAUGCAACUCAGCUGGCUCCUGCACCACACAUUCCAGCAGGCUACAGAUGGAGAGACUAUGGUGCCCUCACCAUCAUUAUGGUGGGCAUCGCCUUUGGCUUUCAUCAGCUUUACAAAAAAUACAUCCUUCCCCUCAUUAUGGGCAGCCGAGAGGACAAGAAGCAUCUGCAGAGGAUGGAGAGCAACAUUGCAGCAAUGAGUGGCACGCUGACACAGACAGUCAGCCAGCUGCAGCAGACCCUGGUCUCCGUCCAAGAGCUCCUGAUCCAGCAGCAGCAGAGAAUCCAGGAGCUCUCUCAGGAACUGGCUGCAGCAGAGGCAUCAUCUUCAACCAGCCGUGUCCUGGACAACCAAACAGUUGGAGAGCUGAAGGCUGAGAUCCUCUCUUUGAAGGGCUUACUGCUCAGCAGGAAACAAUUCCCUUCCACUCCCACUAUUCCUAAGAUCCCCUCGUGGCAGAUUCCUCUAAAGCCGCCUUCAGGUUCUGGCUCGCCAUCAGUCAACCACACCAACAGCAGCAGCGACAUCUCCCCUGUCAGUAACGAGUCCGCCAACUCCUCCCCUGUCAGAGAUGGACACCACAGCCCCCAGGAUGCACUGGGGGGACCUGAUGGAGCUCAUGAUAUCAACGGAGAUGCCGGCACUUUGGGUCUCGUCGCAACACUGCCCCUGGACCUAAAGGACCAGGUCCGCAUGGAGGUGCAAGGGGAGGAGGAGAAGAAGGAGGAAGAGGAGGAUGAUGUCAGCCACGUAGAGGAGGAGGAGGGGAGGGAGGAGGAGGAGGACGGUCUAAGCAUGCAGACAGAGGAUCGGCGAGGUGGGGAUGGACAGAUUAACGAACAGGUGGACAAACUGAGGCGGCCCGAAGGUGCCAGCAAUGAGAGUGAGGUGGAUUAACAGUAGAAAGCACAAAAACACUCUCCAAACACAGCUUCUCAUCUCUGCUGACAGCUUUGUUUCAUUCUGCUCCUCUCUGCUCGCACUGAUUCUGUCUUUUUAUUUUUUAAAUCCAUUUUCACUGUCUGUUUCCACUUGUUUCUGUAACAUCUUAAUCUUGAGCAAAAUGAGGAGUAGGCUUGGGUGUGAGAAGACUCAAAACUGACAAAUAUUGGAGUGUCUAGUUCAGGGUGGGAAAUUAGCACCAGCCAAAUGCUGGUAAAAUAUGAAAGUGAUUGAAAGUGAUGAAAGUAGAUUUCGGACAGAUAAAUGUUCAAAAAUUCACUAGCUACUCAAUAGUAAAUCAUUAUUUUCUGUCAGUGGCUGGUAGAUGAUUUAAAACAUUUCCUUGCUAGCUUACCUCAAUGUACUUUUCAUCAUGCAAACUAAAUGACUGCAUGCCGAGCCAAGUACCAUGUUGUGACAUUUCGUUGAAGGGAGAAAUGAUGAGCAAUAGUCAAAUCAGAAUGACUUAAAAAGGAUAACCAUACUAACCGUAUGACUUACUGCUUUUAAUUUUCAUCAUUUGAUCAGAUAAUUCACAGCUUUGCCUUGGUGUCCUUGUAGACUAGGGCUCUUGCAGACCAAAGAGGCAGUGCUGCACAGAAUAGCUCCCCUGUAUAGUGCAGCUGUAGGUCAGGAGUCAUAUGUUGCUACUUCAGUUUCAAAGUUACUGUGAGCUUCAAGAGAAGCGUUUGCAGACUUUGUCUCCCUGUUGAUGGCAAUAGGAGAGGACAAGCUCUUCCAGGGCCGGAGCUUUUAGCCUCUUUUUGUGUCCUUUCGCAUUGGUGUCAGUCUGUCAAUAAUUCACAAGGCCAGCAGGGUGGCAUUUGGGUGAAAUAAAAGCCCUGAAAUUCGAGAUUAGAAUGUGAUGACGGGCUUUGUUCCAUGCUGGUGUCAGAGUGCUCAUAUGCUCAAAGGAGGGGAAGAUAAAUGUUUUUUCCCCCGCUUUCCUUUUUCACUGAGGGCUGAAUUGUGCAUCUUUCAAGUGUGUGUGUGCAUGGCAGGCAAGAAAACCCAGACUGUCUGCUGAGCUGUAUCUGUGUCUCCAGCAGGGCAGCUGAUUUGGUUUGUGAAGUAUGUUAAUAAUCAAAUGAUCAACAAAUAACAGAUGUAUUAGUUCAUGCAGCUUGAAAUGUCAAGGAGGCUAAAAGCGGAAAUCUAAUACAGAAAGCCCAGUUGCAUUGUAUUAUUUUCCGUGACAAACCCUCCGGUCCAAAUUAUGUAGGGCCUCCUACAGUGAGUAAUCUUUACAGAAAACGGCGCCAAUAUUUCGUAAUUAAGCUGCAGUAAGACAACGAGGGCUGCCACAGAUGGAAGUUGCAGAACUUGUAUCACUUUUUUUCCUCCGUGUGGAGGUGGAUGGGGGAAGUUUAAAAAAAAAAUUGCCCCAUGAUUGAAAAGGAAAGUAAUAAAUGAAUACUUGACUUAUUGAAUUACUCACUCUGUCUCCAGCUAACAAGAAGAGUCGAUGAGUGAGAAGAAGGGAUAUCAGCUCUCGUGCCAUUUUCACCUCCAUCACAUGGCCUUGAUAGGAACACAGAAAAGGUAGAGGGGCACUGCACAUUUCACUGUGGCACCGGUCCUAACCUACAAAUUAUGUUUGGUUAUGUUGAUUGUUUUUAUGUUAAAAGUGUCGAAUGAUCAGACAACAACAUUGCAGUAUACUGUAAACUAUAUAUUUUUGAUUUAUUUUAAAUGAAUUUGUAUGGAUGAAUACGGUUGGUUAAAGAAGUACAGAAUCAAGAGGUGUAACCUAUGCUUAGUCACUGUAGUUUCAGUGAUUAGUUCUCUCUGUAACCUGCUGAUUACUGUCUGAAUUUCAGCCAAAAGUGUACAUAAGUAUAAUAAAUUUGGUUUGUCUCAA